GCGUUUUGUUACCGCAACGCAGUGAUCUACUUUUCCUUCCUCGCACGCAGUGCGUAUCACUACCUUGGCCAGAUCACCAACCCACAAGUCAACCUAUAUUCAAGUAUGGACGGACGAGGCUACGGUUCAGGCUUCUCCGGUUGGGGUGGAGGUGGCGGAGGUUCCUCAAGCAGAGACCUGUAUGGGUACAAGGACUCCAUGUCGGGCGGCGGGGGCUUCGGUGGCGGUGGAGGCGGUGGAGGCAGCGGAGGCUACGGCGGUAGCCUGAUGAAGAGCAGGCUCUCCGGAGGCUCAGGCCUGUCCUCCACGGUGAGCAACGCCGACGAAGUCAUCGCCAAGAUCAACCAGCGCCUGGACAUGCUCACACAGCUGGAGGGUGGCAUGAAGGGGGGCGGACGCAGCGACAGGUUUGACCAAUACGAUUCCUUCGACUCUCGCUCCUCCUCCGCCAUGGGGCCCCGAGAUCUCUACAGAUCUGGUAGCUAUGGCUACAGCGACGCCCGGGGUGACCUGAUGGGCUCGCGAGGCAGUGGCCUCGGCUACGGGGCCGGGGGAGGGGGCGGGAUGGGGGGCGGAGCCAUGGGCUUGGGCGGAGGCCUUGGCGGCAGUGGUGGAGGGGGCGGUGGUGGCGUUGGUGGUGGUGGCGGCGGCGGCGGAGGCUUUGACAGCCACUCCUCCUACGGCGCCAAAAUGCGCCAGUCGCAGAUGCCCUCCCGCGACACCUUCUCUGGCUCCGGCUGGGGGGGCUCCGGGGGGCUGGGCGGCCAGCGUUCCCCCAGACGGGGCUCCGGAGGUGGGGGCGGCGCCGGUGGGGGAGGGGGCGGUAUGGGCGGCCGCGGCGGCUUCGGCCGGCGGCAGGACAACCCUUCCUCCAUGGGCCCCGGCGGCGCCGGUCUUGGCGGGGGCCGCGCCGGCGGUCACAGUCACGGCCACGGGCACUCCCCGGGCGGCGGGCGAGGCAAGCUGCCGUCCCUGCUGGGCCAGCGCAUGUUCCCCGAGACCGGGGGCUUCCAGGCACCCCCCCACGCCCACGGCCACGCCCACGGCCCCCAGGACUACUCCUCUCCUCGCCAGUUUGGAGGGGGCCCCCGGGCCAACCGCCAGCGGGGCCGAAAGAGACCCCUCAACCGACAACAGGUGAAAUCGCCACGUGAUGGUCAGAAGAAGCGAAAGAAGACUCAGAACGCAGGCGAUGAGCCCGAGUCUAAAGUGGGCAAGACCGAGAACAAGGACUCGGCCGAAGCAGCUAAAGGGAAGACUGAAGGUACUGAGGCCAGCGGUGAAAAGGUCAAGGAGGAAACCAAGGACUCAGCCAAGGACUCUGCUGCUGCUGCCAAGCCUGCCGCUGAAGGAGACAAAGGAGGGGUGACCAUCCAGGAGGAGAUCACUCAGAUCAAGAAAAAGCUACAGGGCAAACAGCAGCCGCCAGCCCAGGAGGAGGGCCUGCCCAAGUUCAAGAAGCGCCGCGGCUUCAUGGAGAUGUCCGGGGUCAAGUUCAACGCCCAGAGGAUGAUGUUUGCCUGCUCCGUGUGCAAGUUCCGCUCGUUCUACAGCGAGGACAUGGCCGCUCACCUAGAGAGCAAGUUCCACAAGGAGCACUUCAAGUUCCUCUCCAGCCAGCUCUCCAAGCCCACCACGGACUUCCUGCAGGAGUACCUGAACAACAAGUUCAAUAAGACACAGCAGAGGGUCACCCAGAUCGACAACUUCAGCGCUGCCAUCUGCCAAGUGCACAAGGAGCAGGACCUCACCAGAGAGAUCGGUAUGGAGCACUUCAUGAAGAAGGUGGAGGCGGCCCACUGUGCAGCCUGUGACGUAUUCAUCCCCAUGCAGUUCCACCUCAUCAAGAAGCACCUGCGCUCCCCUGACCACAACUACAACUGCAAGGGUAUGAUGGAGAUGUCUAAAGGCCACAGUCUAUCAGUGGCUCGCAGCAUCCUCAACCACAAGGUCAUCGGCAAGAAGCUGGAGAGCUACCUCAAGGGUGAGAACCCCUUUUUGGGUAACCAGGACGACCAGGACCCUGACGACUCCAUGACGAUGGAUGUGUCUAUGGCCGAGGUGAGCAGUCAAAGCCUGCCAGAGGCGGAGCUUAAGGAUGACGAGGAGGAGCCCAAGCCAGAAGGCAAUGGUACCCAUGACAACGGCGAAGACGCAGCCGCCGCCACAGAGGAGCCAGAGGCAGGCGAGAACGAGAUGAAGAUGAAGGAUCAGGACGGUGCGAACAGAGUGGGAGAGGAGGAGGAGGGUGGUGAGGAAGGGGAAGAAGGAGAGGAAGGUGUGGAGCUGGGUGACGAGGAGGCCGACAGUGUGGAGGCCGAGGAGGGAGACGAGAUCCUCGACGGAGACGAGGAGGAGGAAGAGGCGGCGGCAGCAGCAGCUGAGGAGGAGGCGGCGGCGGCUGAGAAGGAAGAGGCAGAGGCAGCUAAGGAAGACGCCGACGCCUCUGACGGCGAGAAGGAGACAGAUGACGCGGCCAACGCAGAUGUGGUCAUAAUCGAGUGACACCCCCUCCCUCCAUUUCUUCCUGCCACAUGACCUUUUGACCUUUAGUAUGUACUCUCUCUACCAGCCCCCCCACCCCCCCACAGUCAUAUGAACCAUACAUGUCUGCCCAUGUCCGAUACGGGGAUGCUGUACCCAGGGCUGCUCUCUGGCCAGUGCUGAGGGGUUUGGGCUCGAAACGUCCACUAGUCUUCGUCGUCAACAACAACUGGUCUCCAACCACUAGUCAACAACUGGUCCACUAGACAACAACUAGUCUCUGAGCGGCAUGGUUGGCCUGAUCCUCUCUACAUUAGCUGUUUACUUUUCAUUGGUUGUUUUUGUGUGUGACCCUUGACCUUCAUUCAUGCCCCAGGCCAAAAUGAGGAACCUGCCCGUGUCCCUAACCCCCCCCCUUGUCCCACGCAUAGGACCAAUAAGUAACGCCCACCUCCCCAAAUCCUCUUUCAAACACAGCGAAUGAGCUGUCAGCGUAUCCGGUCAUUCAGCCAAUCAGAAACCUUUUCCAAGUGACUUCUUGCUUGUGUACAGAGUCAAAUGUCUGAAAUGUUUUUUUUGUUUUUGGGGUUUUUUGUUUGGUUUGAUUCAUUUUUUUUUUUGUUUUGUUUUUCUCCCCACUCCCCCCCUUUUGUAAAUACAUUAAACUUUUUUGGUGCCUUCGGGUCUGGACUUGUGUUAUAAAAAUUGGCUUCUCUGUCUUGUGAGGUUUUAUUUUAUUUGGUAGUGACGCAGAAAACGCUGUCUGAGGCUGUUGAUGGGCCAUCGACACUCAUCAAAACUGAUCAUAUACAUGCAUUGUUUCGGUGUUAAUUUUAAAAGCUUUUUUUUUUUUUUUUUUCAGUGUCUGUGGAUUUUAUUGCGUUGUUUUUUGUUUUAAUUAUUUCUUUAAGUUAGUGCCGUCUACAGAAAUUAUAGUUGGCAUAUUGUUUUACAAGAGCAGUUUUUGUUUUGGACCGUAUGAAAUAAAUGUUUAUAACUCAA